AUAAAAUAUUCGCUUCUCCACCAUAUCGAGUUACACUCAAACAAAUCAUAUUGAGUCACAAACACCAGACUCCAGACACAGCCAGCGCAUAUAAUUUCAGCCAUCAUUCUUUUUUAACGGUCAACUUCUCAUUGAAGCUCGCAAAAUGGCGAAUUCCAAGUUUGAAUAUGUUCGUAACUUUGAGAUGCCAGAUCCGCUAUUACCCAACACAUGGAUCGUGGUGCGAGUCGAUGGAAGAGGGUUCACAAAAAUGUGUGCUAAGUAUGGCUUCGAGAAGCCAAAUGAUCGCCGUGCCCUUGAUCUUAUGAACACAGCUGCCAAGGCCGUCGUAACUGAGCUACCAGAAAUCACCAUUGCAUACGGCGUCAGUGAUGAAUACAGCUUCGUCUUUCACAAGGCAUGCACUUUGUUUGAUCGAAGAGCCAGUAAACUUGUUAGCACUGUCGUCUCGACAUUCACUGCAAAUUAUGUAUACUUUUGGUCGACUCACUUCCCAGACAGCCCGUUAUCUCCUCCACUACCAUCCUUCGAUGGGCGGGCAGUGUGCUACCCUAGUGUUCAAAAUCUCCGGGAUUACAUGAGCUGGAGACAAGCAGAUUGCCACAUCAAUAACCUCUAUAACACAUGUUUCUGGUCUUUGAUCCAACUCGGAGGUCUUGACAACAAGGAAGCUGAGAGUACUCUGGCGCGCACAUUGGCAGCAGACAAAAACGAGAUACUCUUCUCCCGCUUUUCCAUCAACUACAACAACGAGCCCGAGAUAUACAGAAAGGGGAGUGUUAUCUUCCGCGAUUACGAACUGGUGGACCCAAACUCUCACAAUACCAUGCAAACAAUCGACUCUCAAGCAGAGCCCGUUGAGCAAUCAAAGUCACAGAAGGAGAAGGACAAGAAGAGCCGAGCCAAAGCUCGUGUGGUGGUGGAACACUUGGACAUCAUCAAGGACGAUUUCUGGAACCAAAGACCGUGGCUCCUUUCCAACAAGCCUGGGAAGAUUCCAAAACAGACGUAAAUAUACAUCUAUGGGGUAUCAUCCAAAAUUUCCAUUAACCUCAACUCCGUGAAUAUGCUUUCGCUGUAUAUGCCUUCAAACUCCGAUUUUCCAUGUCCCUCUAUGUUCUAUUUCCCGGCCUCUUUAGCUCUUUGCCUCCUCUUCUCUUCUUUCUUUGCGCGCCGCCGUUUUUUCUCCUCGUCUGCGUCGCUUGAUUCUGCUGAGGACUUGGAGGAUUUGGAAGACUUUUUCGACUUGGACUUGAGCUCUCGGCGCGCUGCUUUCUCGGCCCUUCUCGCGGCCCGCGCUUCCUUCCGCUUCCUCUUUGCUUCUUUUCGGACUUUCUUCUCCUCCUUGGUCUCUUUCCGAGGCUUGUCCUUGUCAAACUUGUCGCCUUCUUGCUGGUCACUGGAUUCGGUUUCGGAUGACUCCGUGCUCGAGUCGUUGAUUGUGAGCUUAUCUAUUGUUCCUUCGAGGAAUCCGCCUCGUACGAAGGUCGUGUAUACGGAGUAUUUGCCGAGAUUCUUUUCGAGGGCGUUCAGCUUGCCAGUUGUGACAGUCUGAACCACUUUUCCCUCCUUGGAGGUAUCGAUACCCUUGAGUUGCUCAUCAAAUGCGUUCAUCCACCAUUGGUCGCUAGUGAAAUGUUGCUUCUGACCCAGUCCUCGAGUAUUGUCUUUGCGAUUCAGCAGCAGAGGUUUCGCAAGUCCGAUCGAGUCGUCGGUUUUAUGUAGGGAGUGACCGGUGCCUCGCCAGCCUUGGGAGGAGAGCAGCGCAUGUGCAUCCAUCGUCCGAUUCCGUAUUGGGUUUCUCUUGCGACCAAUUAUAUGGGUGUUGAUCCGGUGUCUGUCAAAGAGGGAACGGGAUAAAGAAUUGGAGGUUUGAAACUUAG